AUGGAGGAACGCAGUUACCAGGCCCAGGAUAUUACCAGCAAGGAUUUGCUCAGCUCUGAUAACACUGUGGUUCCCGUGGAUUUCUACGAAAUUGCCGGCGAUGACUCCUCUGAGCAGAAAGCUAUAACUAGGAAAUGUAUUGGGAAAGAUCAAGCGAAAUGUUCCCCAGCAGCCACCGUGACUCUCAUGUAUGAACCAGAGAUCAAUAUCAAUGAAGAUAUGAUGGCAAGAUUGUCACUUGAGGAGAAGCAAAGUAUAGUAGAGAGCAGCCCUACUAAGGUUUUCGCCAUCGAUCCUAAUACCCAACAGAUUGCUUCAAAGUGGUUUUGCUUUCUUUGA